CGGCCGGCAAAUAAACUUGAAUAAAGAGAUUUUUGGAGAGAAGUACAUGCUUCUCUGAGUGUCAAGCUACAACAAAACUAACAACGCAAAAAUUUCACUCCUGCACAUUUGCACUCCAUGAGAACGCAAUCACUGUGGCUUCGGCGAGCUCAGCUCACCUUCAUUUGAUAAUCUUCAUAAUUCGGUCCUGGCCGUUGCUUAUCCUUGGCUCGGCACCAUGAAUCGGGAGAUUCCAGGGUUCUACUAUGAUCCCGACAAGAAGAAGUAUUUCAAAAUUCAAGCUAGUCAUAAAGCUGCCCCAGGAGCACAGUACUCAAAGGAUGCAGUCAAGAGGAAACGGGUCGAGCAUGAGAAACGCCAGAGGAAAGUCCACCUCACUCGGAGACUGGCAAAGGAGAAAAUCAGAAGGUCGCCGUUCGUGAGAAGUCCCCUUCUCGGAUUUGAACGAGAAAUUGGAGCGCAACAGAUAUCAAAGCCUGUGCGACAAGAGCAACAAGGUCUCACAUAUGCUAGCCAAAUCAGUCGAAAACAGCUGCAUCGUUUUGAACCGUGGCCAAGUGAUUAUACCAUUAAGCAUGUGCUACGCAACAACCGUUCUGGCAUCCUUAUUGCCAGUGGCCACCGUGGUGGUGAAUCGUCGGUCUCAGUAUGCUUUCCAGACACCGACCAAGAGAUAUGGACAUAUAAUCGGACGAUGGAGCGAGUGCUCUUCCGAGAGCCGUACAGACUCUCUUCUAUCUCCUUGAGCCAUACCGGAUACUUGCUAGCCACAAUGGAUAGUGGUCCAAAUGGCGACUCAUUCCUCGCUCCACGUAUGCUGCCUGACCUCGGUGAAGGCGGCGAUUAUCGUUGGCCUGCUUUCUUCGCCCAUCCAAUUCGCAUUCGUACUGAGUCAUCCUUGUGGUGCUCGUCACCGUGUCCAGAGGGAGACAAAGCACUCUUUGCGAUUGGCACUUCCGAUGGCCUGUAUACUCUAGAAGGAUUGGGAAGUUAUUGGACUCUAUCCAAGAAGCCGUUCGCCAGCGAUGUCUCCAACGGAAAGCCAAUUUUCCAUCGACGUACAGAUUCCUCUCACGCACUUGUUACUAGCGUUGAAUGGCUGUCUCCGACUGUCAUCGCUGCUGGUCUGAAAGACUCAACCGUCUUCCUUCACGAUCUCCGCAGCGGGGGGACUGCAACACGUCUACAACACCCCCAUGCAGUCACGAAGAUCAGGAACCUUGACCCUUAUCGAAUCGUCGUGGCAGGGAUAAACUCGCUGCAAAUGUACGACAUCCGGUACGCACCUAACGGCCUACAGCGCAAUCCAAGACCCAAUCAUCCCCGUCACACUUCAACCAGGCCGUAUCUCUCAUUCUCCGAUUUUUCGCCGGAAGUCAUCCCCGACUUUGAUAUCAGUCCUGAACUUGGCCUUCUGGCAAGCGCUUCCGACGAGCGCAAGGUUCAAUUGUUCUCCCUUCGUACUGGAGAACAAGUCUCUUCACCUCUAACGAAAUACCAAUACGCAAAUCCUAUUUCCUCGCUACGGUUUGAAUCUGGUGAUGGAUCAUCGCACGGGCCUCAGACCCCCACUCUACUGGUCUGCUCUAGUGCUACGGUUGACGAGUGGGUUUGGUAGGUAGAUUCUCCGGAUAUUGGCAUUCCAUGACGGAUAAUAUGAGCCUAGAACUAGGCCUUUUAUUUUUUGAGUCAUCGCGUUAUCAUGAGUUAUGAUGUAACAUCACUUCUGUGGAUAUAAGCCAGCAAUGGGUACUCUAAUGAAUGAACCCAUAUAGUCGACUGACCGUCU